AUUACAGGUAAUAAACUUGAUUCUGCACUUUUGUUUUCUUUAAAAAUAAUUUAAAGAAAUUAUUCAAGCAUUCUUUCCACAUCUCCUCUAGCAAAGAGCUGUUUCCACCUUGCAUUCAGAUACAGCCAUCAUCUGUUCUGUGUAUGGAUCCCUCCAUAAAAUACAGUAGGAAUAACUGAAGCACAUAAAGGUCUCACUCCGUCCUACCAUCACUAUUACAACUGUGUCUCUCAUUUCCCCAUUAUUGGGUGUUGAACCAAUGUAAGUCUGUUUCUCUGAAAUUGCUUUUCCCUUUAAGAAUUCUAUUUUUCAAUUCCUUUUCUAUUUAUAUUAAUGUCAAUUAUUAUCAAGCAAUCAGGAACAUGUAAUAAUUUUAAUAGAGUUUUUGCUUGAUUAUUUGCUUGGUUUAGUUUGCUUUUAUUGUUUCAGGGUUUUUUUCCUGCUGUCUCACUCUUAAGAAAGCUCCUAAGACCAGCUUUAGUUUGCUCUCCUAGGACAGCACUAAAGAAUUUUCUUUUUACAGCAUAAUACUUACUGCUAUAAUUCUGAAAUUUUUAUUCUGAAAAUCAAAAGUGUUUUUACAAGGAAACUGGACUUUUAAUUCCUUCUUUUGUUGGUGCCACUUAUCAGGUCAGAUUAUUAAACAUAACUGACGUGUGUGAAAGAAACGUGGAGAAAGUCCCAGAGUAUCUUAUGAUCGGGUAUUUAUAGUGAGCUAUUAAUGGACAUGGGCUCUGCAGAGGUUGCUUACAAUCCUGAAAAUGUCACUUUCAACUUAAUAAUCACUUCUUCAAAGGCUGAGAUUUUCCCUCUUUCAGAAGAAGUGAUCCAUGUUGUGCUGAUUUGCCAUGAAUAAUUCUGUGUAUAUGGUCGAUGGUGAUUCUGAUGAGGAAAUCCAUACCCAGCGAGCUAUUCAGGAAAGCUUACAAGACAGGCAUAAAUUUGAAACAAGUGGCAGUGCAACAGAGGUUGAAAGUUUCCAGAAUACUGCAAGUAAAGAACAUGAACAGAUCAUUGCAGCAAUUCGGACAGGCCAAGAGGAGGCCUUGAAGAAGUUGGUGAGGCACAGUUCUGCUUUUGAAGAAGCAGAUCAGCAAGGCUGGCUUCCUGUGCACGAAGCUGCAGCACAGCUAAAUAAGAACAUCCUUGAAAUAACUUUAAAAGCCUCCCGUGACAUUACGUGGGAACGGUCCACUCUAAAAGGGGAAACACCUCUCUUGGUGGCAGUAAGAAGUUGUUUUGUGGAUAAUGUCCACUUUCUCCUGCUCAAUGGCUGCAAUCCCAAUGUUAAAGAUGAAGAGGGAGAUUCUCCUUUAGUUAUAGCAAUUAAACGUGACUCCUAUGACAUUGCCUCCUUGUUGCUACGAUCUGGUGCCAGAGUGAAUUUGCGCUGUGUCCACGAGAGAACUGCUCUGCAUGAGGCAGCCAGACUGGGCAGGAGGGAUCUGGUACAGCUCCUCCUGGAUUCUGGAGCAGAUCCUGACCCCCGCAGUGGAUAUGGGCUCACACCUCUAGCACUGGCUGCACAGAUGGGACAUACAGAAAUUAUGGAGCUCUUACUGCAAAAAGGUGCAGAUGUUCUUUCACAGGCAAUGGACUGUGCUUCUAUAUUGUUUGAAGCAGCAGGAGGAGGAAAUCCAGAUUCUGUGAGUCUUUUACUAGAAUAUGGGGCUGAUGCCAAUGUACCAAAGCACUCGGGUCAUUUGCCAAUCCACAGAGCUGCAUAUAGAGGACACUUUCUAGCUCUAAAAUAUUUAGUUCCAGUGACUGAUUUUGCUGCCAUUAAAGAAAGUGGGAUAAGUCCAGUUCACUCAGCAGCAGCAGGAGCACAUCCUCAGUGCCUUGAGUUUCUUCUCCAGUCAGGUUUUGAUGCCAAUUUUAUGCUGGCUCAGAGAGUUCGCAAAGGCUAUGACGACCACCGGAAAUCAGCCCUGUACUUCGCCGUUUCCAACGGGGAUAUCUGCUCCACACAGCUGCUGCUGAACGCCGGAGCCCUGACUAACCAAGAUCCCAUCAACUGCCUCCAAAUAGCCUUGAGAAUGGGCAACUACGAGUUAAUGAAUCUGCUGCUCCGCCAUGGGGCCAACGUCAACUACUUCUGCCGCGUGAACACCACGCAUUUCCCAUCGGCUCUGCAGUACGCCCUCAAAGAUGAGGUCAUGCUGAGGAUGCUGCUGAGCUACGGCUACGACGUGCACCGCUGCUUCGACUGCCCGUGGGGCAGCGGGGACCACUCCCAGUACGUGACCGACGGCUGGACCUCCACCGUUAUCAAAGACACCAUGUUCUGUGAAGUGAUAACCUUGUCCUGGCUGAAGCACGUGUCUGGGAAAGUAGUGCGAGUCAUGUUGGAUUACGUCGAUCACGUUAAGAUUUGCUGGAAGCUCGAAGCAGUUCUCAAAGAACAGGAACUUUGGCCAGACAUCCACUUCAUUUUAACAAAUCCUCGCUCUCUGAAGCACCUUUGCCGUCUGAAGAUCCGGGCGUGCAUGGGCCGGCUGCGUCUCCGCUGUCCUGUCUUCAUGACCUUCCUACCCCUGCCAAACUGCUUGAAAGACUACAUCCUGUACAAGGAAUAUGAUCUUUAUGGACAGGAAAACUUCACAGGGGUCUACAACCUCAACUGUGCAUAAGAUGAGUCCUGUACUUUGAAGGGAAUUUAAUGUGGGCAAUGAACUGGGAUUAAGCUUGAGAAACCUCUGCUUAUCACAGCAGGUCAUGUGACAUACCAGUAUUUCAACAAGCUGGCACUGCUGAAAGCUGUGUUAGUUCUGCAGCUCUUUCUCAGGUACUGAUAUGUCUCAUCCACCAUGAACUUGGACUAUUCUCUCUAGAACUGGGUUUUCCUUACACCAUGCUGUCUAAAGCCAUGCUUGCAAUUUUUGGAGCUUCUGUCUAUAGAGGUGGAGCUUAAACUUUUGGAGCCCUGUCAUUUUAGGAUGAUUUACAGAAGUCUUAGAAAGACCUACAACAUGCCUGUUACUUCUAAAAAUACUGCAAAUGUCAGUUCCUAUUUUAGUAAAAAAAGUUCAUCAACACAUUUGGCAUUAGUAGUAUUUAUUCCUUCAUAAUGAAGUAAGCAUAGAUUUUUUUUUUCCUAGUUACACAUGCAUCUUUAUCACAGAAGUUACAGAAUUCAAAAGUCUGCUUUUCCCCAGAAAAAUCUACAAACCUUAUAAAAUACAAUUAACCAUAAUGUGGUUAUGGCCCAUGGUUUUUUACAUGGUGUUUAUCCCAUAAUAAACCACCUCAGCCUGUGAAGGUAUGUCCAGUGCCCAUGGUAGUGGUUGUGCUGCUGGAGCCUCUGCCCUCAGCUUGAUCCACAGAGCCCCAUGGCCCUGUCACUGCCCCACCAUGGGCCCUGCCCAGCCAGCUGCCACAGCUCCUGCUCACCUUCAGUCUCUGAUUGUUGCAAAAACAAGUUAAGAGCAUUCCCAAGUGUAACAACUUCCUCUGAGGUUAUCUGCCUAACACUAUAAAAAUUAAGAGAACUGAGCUACACUUGAUAAUGGAGGGCAAUACCUGCAUGUCAGAACUUUGUUUAAUGGAAAGGAACAGAUCCUGUCACCAAUAAUGGUAUUUUCUGAAAGUCAGUGUGAUGAAGAAUGCAAGAGGCUUUUGCAUCAGUACAAGUCCCACCCAGAAAGUUACUAUAAUUAAGCUUUUAUUUAAAAUAUAAAAUGCUGUCUAGAGCCCUGGCACAAUAGGGUUACUAUCCAUGUUUCCAAGAUUAAGACACAACAAUCAGAGUUGACAUAAAUAUGCCAUUGGUUGUUCUUAAUACAGCUAUUCAGGGAAAAUGUGCAAGUCAGUCUCAAACACUGCAAAAAUCACCUAGACUUCACCAGAACAGGACCAAUCUAGAACACCAUCAUAAGAAUUUGACCACUCCACUCUAUUGUAAAAUGUCCAGAAAGAUUGUACAAAAUCCUUGGCUUGCAAUAUAAACUUCAUUAGGCAUACAAGUGCAUUCACAAUGAUACACUGACUUACUCUUGUCAUGACAACUUAGAUACCACUGUGGCAGGGAAAAAAAAAAGUCAACUUAGUGCUUAAUUAAAACAAAAAGCCUUAGGGACUUAUUAGCUUGCAAGAAUUUUUGUAAUAUUGAACAAGAGAAAGAAUAUAAGUAUCAGUUUUUGCUGUUACACUAGACAAUAUCUCUACUAAAUUCACUAAGCAGUGGCAGUUUUCUUUCUAUAGGUGAACUAUUUUCUAAAUAAUAAGAGACUAUAUUGUAGCAUAGUUUUCACCAUUGGCUUGUCCCAAGUGCUGUACAACUAAUUAAUCAGAAUUUACCUUAAGCAUAGACAGAAUUUGCCUUAAACUGUCAAAUUUAUUUCUUUAUACCCAUGUACAUCAAUUACAGCUUCAUAAACAGCUUCAGCUGUUUCACGAUUUUCACCUCUGGAUUUACAUACAUAAAAAGAAAAAAA